UAGGCGUUCAUACGCAAACUUUACGGCCCGAAACACAUCUUUAUCUUCCGAGGUUUCCUGGAGAGCAAUUGGUGGAGAACUUCCGACAAACCAGAGGAGAAACUGGGGUGCACUGAUGAUGACAUGAUGGCCGUCCUUCAGAGCGUUAUCACGGUAUACUUUAGUAUGUAUGCAAGGAAGAAGACCGCAGCUACAACCACUCGAACGGCCACUUCCUUUCGCGAGGAGCUGUCCCGACUCCUCGGCUCGAAGAUCCUCCUCAACAGCCGCGAUGUGGCCGCGAAUGCACACGAUGGGAUAUAUGCAAUGGCGUUCGGGCUUAACACGUCUCUUGCGAUGAUGGGUAAUAGUAUCCUGCUCGAUUACACGUACGAUGACAGAAACACGACCAGGAUCUUCUACAAACAUAUCCUCGACUCGGAGUUUUACGGUGUGUCGGGGCCAGUAGGAUUCCAAGAAGAUGGUGACAGGACUGGCGUUUUCAUCAUUGAACAAAUAAGAGAUGGGACACGUGUUGUCAUAGGAACUUUAGCUCAAGGUCAACUCAUCCAGUGGCUCUUACCAACCGAGAAGAUAUGGGAGAGAAAUAACGGUCGACCACCAUUUGACGAAGACCGUACGCAUGAGAUCUUAGUAAAGCGAUCUAUCUCCAAGGUAACGGUUAUAACAGUGGGCGUGCUUGCUGCCUUCGGUAUUUCCUUAGCAGUGUUCUUCUUAACUUUCAACAUCAGAAAUAGGAAAAAGAGGUAUAUCAAGAUGUCGAGCCCAAACCUAAACAACCUCAUCAUCUGCGGCAUAUGUAUAGCUUAUAUCUGUGUGGUUUUACUCGGAUUAGAUCUUCAAAAUUACGUAACAUUACUCUCAACAUUUCUAGGUAUAUCAAGAUGUCGAGCCCAAACCUAA